AUGGGCUUUAUGGACGAUGACUGGUUCGUUUACCGAUACGAUCCCAGCAUUCCACCUCUGCUGAACAGAAAAAACAGUGAGUUACGUCGAGACACCUACAGAUGGUGGAGGGGUCUACAACCAUCAAUGUUCAGAGUCAACUACACGAAGGUGGUGGAUCAGAUGUUUUCUCUCUUCCCUGACGAAGAUCACUACUCAGAUGCCGGUCCAGAUCGCUGCAGAACCUGUGCUGUGGUGGGAAACUCUGCAAACCUUCUGGGAUCCCAUUAUGGGUCUCUCAUAGAUUUCCAUGAUGUUGUGAUCAGGAUAAAUAAAGGCCCGACAAAAGGUUACGAGAGGGAUGUGGGGUCAAAGACGACUCACCGGAUUCUGUAUCCUGAAAGCGCCAUGGACUUGGACAACUCCACCCAUCUGGUGCUUUUUCCCUUUAAGAUUCGCGACAUGCAAUGGCUUAUAAGUACCUUCACCACAAGACACAUCACACGCACCUACACACGAGUCAAACCUUCAAUCAAAGCAGAUGAGAACAAGGUGAUGGUCCUCCACCCUGCUUUCAUAAAAUACGUCUAUGAGAAAUGGCUUCUGAAACAUGGCAGAUAUCCAUCUACUGGCUUCAUUACAAUAAUAUUUGCCCUGCAUAUCUGUGAUCAGGUGAAUGUCUUUGGGUUUGGGGCUUCAAGUACUGGAACCUGGCAUCAUUACUUUGACAAAACUCGCACUCACUUUAAAGGCGGCCCUCAUGGUGGAGACUUUGAAAACAAAACAAUGCAUCAACUUCAGCAGAGAAACAAGAUUUCAGUAUAUAAAGGGUAUAGAUAAAAAAGACCAGGAAUGGAUAUGUUUGGUUUAAUGUGUUAACAACCUAACAACCCGUUAACUUGUGGAAAGUGAUAAUAUGUUUUGGGCAGCAAUGAAGUUAUUUUGUCAACACCUUUAUUUUGUGGCCAUGUUACGUUCCGUGGUUAUUUAUAUAAUGUUGGAUUAUGUGUGCUGUGGUGUGUUUUCUCUCUCUCUCUCUCUCUUUCUGUGUUGUCCAGUGUGUUACCUGCUGCUCAACCAGGUGUGGAGGAGAGGGAGGUGAUCGCUCGCACCUGCAGCCCAUUACUGUGCAGAGGCUGCAAACUCAAAUGUUGUUCAACAUGUCUGCCAUAUUGAAGCUCGUCUUCCAGAGUGUUGUUCCUCUUGCCUGCCCUGUGUUUGUUGUGUCAUAGAUAUUGGUCUUGUGUAUACUUAUUCAAGUUACGGCUUAUUGUAGCCUUCUGAACAGGCCAUUAGCGAUGUUGUUGUGCUAUGUGACCCUGUGUGUUGGAAGCUGUAGGGAGGUGGGUGCCAUUUUAUUUCUGUGAAUCCUUUUUCUCCCGUUUUUGCUUCGCUAGGGAGUUUGCUUCGCUUAGUGUACAUUUCUGUUGUUAGUUUUCUUUUAUUUUGUCAGUUUAGACGGUUUUACUCCCUAACUAUUUAGAGGGUCCUUUUGUUUGUUGUUUUGGCCUUCCCCCUCCUGAAGGCUAUUUUUACUUCCUAUUUUUAUUUCUAUUUUACAUGACCAUAUGUUGAUAAAACUACAUCACUUCCAAGAGUUUAAUGCGUUAACAAACCUUAUGAUUAUCCCAGUUUCGCUAGUCACGCAGGUUUGUUUACGCAUUAAACGGAGAAACAAGACUUCUAAAUAUAAAGGGAUAAAUAAGACAGUUCUUCCAUUUAAUGAAGGGUCUCAAAAUGGAGUAUACCAAAACACCUACAAAAUGAAUGUGAAAAUGAAAGACAAAUACAUAUUUUAAUAUGAAUGUUAGCUAACUAUGGUAACUGUUUUGAGAGCUGUUGCAAUGCCGUAUAAUGUUCUACUCUUAUUUAUAAUGCUUUACUGUA